UUGUUUCUUAAUAUCGACUAUCGAUAACUCGACCGUCGUGUCGCACGUGUUUACAUUUUUGUUGGCCAGUAAAUUAGUUUGAAUAUGGCUAAAAAGAAAGACAAGACCGGAAAACUAACUAAGGUGUCGAAGGGGGACGACUCGAUCUCGACAUCGACCCAGGCUGGAAAAGGAAACGGAACCACAUCUGCCGAAACCGAUCCAAAAGGUGGAAUCUGGCGUGAUGCGCGGUUUCAGCACCUUCUGGCCGAUCCUCGGUUUAAAGGAGUUCCUAAGGUGCAACGCAAGGUCCAGAUCGACAAGCGUUUUCAGGCUAUGUUUACGGACGAGAAAUUUAAGGUGAAAUACACUGUGGACAAAUACGGCCGCCCAGUAAGCACCAGCAAUGCCGAAGAUCUGAAAAAGUUCUACGAGCAGGACGAGAUUGAGAGUGACAGCGACGAAGUGCACGUAGAGCAGCAGGAGCGGCGGGCCGAGGAGCUGGCCAUCGCCAACCUGGAAGACCAGGAUUUAGUCUUGGGUAACGAUCCCCUAGACAGCGAUAGCUCAGAAGUGCAUCAAAAUCUGCGCGAGCGUCUUACCAAUCCGGACAUAGACUACGCCCGCGGUGAGGGCCGCCUCUUUACGGACUCUUCCUCAGAGGAAGACAGCGAGGAGGACGAAGAAGAGGGGCCGGAACUAAAAAUAGACCAUGUGUGGGGCGAGCUGGAUAACGACGCAGAGCACACCGAGGACAGCACCCGGCGCCUGGCCGUAUGCAACAUGGACUGGGACCGCAUCCGCGCGGAAGACCUAAUGGUCAUGCUAAGCUCAUUCCUACCGCCCGGCGGCAGCAUUCUUAGCGUAAAAAUCUACCCAUCGGAAUUCGGAAAGGCGCGCAUGGCCGAGGAAGAAGUUCAUGGUCCAAAAGAGCUGGUGGAGCGCAACGACGAGUCAGAAGAUGAUUGCGAUGAGAAGCUGGUGCGCCAGCAGGACAGCGAUGCGGAGGAGGGCCAGGACUACCACAUGGAAAAGCUACGUCAGUACCAACUGAACCGCCUGCGUUACUACUACGCCGUUGUAGAGUGCAACAGCAUUUCCACGGCGGACAAGGUGUACCAGGAGUGCGAUGGUAUCGAGUACGAAAGUUCUGCCACCCGCGUGGACCUUCGCUUUAUUCCGGACGACACCUCUUUUGAAGAAGAUACACCGUCCGAUGAAUGCUACGAGCUCCCUGAUGCCAGCAGCUAUAUGCCGCGUCAGUUCACCACGACGGCACUCCAGCAAGCUAAGGUGGAUCUUACCUGGGACGAGACUGCCUUAGACCGGCGUGAAUUAGGCAACAAGCUCUCCAGCGGCCAGGUGGACAAGCUCACAGACAAGGAGCUACGUAAAAUCGUUGCGUACAGCAGUGAGGAGGAUGAAUCCGAGGAGGAGGCUCUCCAACCGGAUCAGGCAGAUCCAGAGAAGAGAAGAGAAGAUAAUCCUAAGAUUCCCUCGAAAAAAGAACGUAUUGCCACCUACAAGAACCUGCUUGCCGACAUCCUUCAGCAGGAAAAGGAGCAGAAAUACGAGAUGGAAAUGUCCUGGAACACAGAACCCCAGCAGGAAGAAGAAAAGUCAGUUAAGUUAAGCCAAGCCAAGCUCACACCAAUCGAGAAGGUUAUUCAGAAACGCACCGAGAAAAACAAGCAGCGUAAAGAAAGUCGUCGCCAGCGGCAGAUCGCGGCCAGAGGAGGAGAUACCGGUGACGACAGUGAUGCCUCCAUAGUUCCAGAUGGUGUCGAUUUGAACGACGCUUACUUCGCGGAGGAGUUCGCAAAUGGUGACUAUGCGCCCCCAAAGACGAAGCAAAACAAGAAAAAGAAAAAACAGAGAGGAGAGGUUGAUAGUGGAGAGGAUGCCGAGGCGAAACAGCAGGAGAAGGAGUUGGAAUUACUGCUGGACGACGGCGACGGGCGCGAAGAAAAGCAGCAUUUUAGCUUGACCAAAAUCCUCCGGAAUGAAGAGAAGGAAGGUGGGUCAAAACGAAAACGUCGGCAGCAGUUAAAGAAAUCAAAGAAAAAGGCACAAGAGUCGGAAAAGCUGGACGAUGACUUCGAGGUGGACACAAACGAUAUACGCUUCAAGGCCGUCUACAAGUCCCACGAAUUCAACAUCGAUCCCACCCACCCGUAUUAUAAGGCAACCAAGGGUAUGCAGCAGAUCAUCGGUGAGAAACAAAAGCGCAGGAAGGAGCAGGUCGACGGUGACACUACUAACGAGGAUGUGGAUGGGGAUCACUCGGUGGCCCCCAAGCGAAGCAAGCAACAGCUGGAGCAAAACGCGUUGAUCAAAAGUCUGAAGCGCAAAAUUCACCAGCAACAGCAGGGCCAAAGGCUUUAGAGGACUAGUGUAUACUAUAGAAAACAAUCAUAAAUUACUGAAUUACUGUAUAAAUUGUUGACAUUUGCUAAAACUGUUUUGGGUAAAGUAGUAAAGCACAUGUACAUAUCGAGAGUUUAAA